GUUGACUUGAAGUCCAAGAGAAGCUCCCCUUGGUGCAUGAGCUGCGCAUGAGCCUCUCUGGGUGCUCCAUGAGAGAAACAGCUGAAGCAGCUGAAAGUCGUAUUCAAGAGCUGCUGCGCUUGAUUGAAAACACCGAAGAGAGGAAUGCGAGUGCCAGAGCUGCAGCCGAGCGCUGGAGGCAAAUUGCCCUCAACUUGUUGAUCGUUGGAGUGGUCCCUUUUUCAGCCACAACCGAAAACGGGACCUCCGCUGAUUGGGGAGAGCUUAUGCAAGUUUUGGCGGCGCAACAUCUGCAAGAGCAAGAAUCGUUGACAAUGAGUUUGUGCCACCAAGUUGGCCAGAGUCAACGUACGCUGUGUUUGCGUGAAGAGUGUCAUGGUCUUGAAUCCCAUGAGGCUGCUGUGAGGGCAAGCAUCCAUUGCCAGCAACAGAAGCAAGAGCAGCUGUUGCGGGAAAGAAACACUUUUGAAACAUGGAGGAGAGCAACAGCAAGCAUCUCGACUCCAGCCCCCAAUGUCCAAGAAUCCCAAGAUGCUUUUCUGGAGGAAGUGCGGCAGCUAGAUUAUUUGAUUCAUGAUUUGCAGCGUGAGUCUGCAGGUUUGUGGGUUGAAGAGCGAAGGAGUGACUUGGAAGUCAGAUGCUUGGAGAAAGGCCUUGCGCUUCUUCAUGCAAAACUUGAUCGGUGUGAGGAACAACUUAAGAGCUAUCGUGGCCAGACCCAUGAUUUUGGAAGCUGGUUGAUGUCCCAACAACGCAAAAAUGCACUUCUGCGUGAUGAGAUUGCUGAAGUGGGUGGCAAAGCUGAGUUAAAGUCGCUUUCGAUGAGGCCCAUGUUUGCGCUCUAUUGACAAACCUUGUUGAAGCAGAGAUAUAGGUGUAGACGGUGUAGAUAUCUAAGGCAGCACAGAAGAACUAGGUAGGAGGAGGGAAGUUCUCCCUGCCCAUACCAUAAUACAUAAUAUAUAACCCCAGUGCCCGAAGACUGUAUAGGGCUCGACAAAUGGAGUUGCUCCCAAGUCUGAGAAUUUCUCAGCAGGUUUGGCCUGUAUUCAAUCCGGACUUCACAUCCACUUUAAGGCAUUGAAUUAAAGAGAUUCCUAAUCUUUCCCCCACCACCGCCAGGUUUGUUUGGCUAGAUCUUUCGGCCUUGUCGACACAGCCGUUUUGAGAUGUUCCAACUGUUGCAACAGACUGCAAGUCUCCUCUUCAGUGUGCGCAAGUGCAAGUGUCAGGCGCAUUUUAAAGCUGAGCUCCCAGCCAGCACCGAUUGGGAACAAGACAAUCAGAUUUCCGGCUUGUGGUGUAGGCGCUUCCUUUCUCUGAGCUACAUUCGGGUUUGGAAUGAUUUGGACUACCCGACGAGAAACAGGCUCCCAUCAACAAAAUGGUGUUGCCCACAAAAACACGCAGCUACUGAUGCUUUUCGUUUUUCAGGUGCAGGAGAAUUAUUCCAUCACUAGUGAGCAGUGUAAAGCAGUGUUAGCAUCAACAUGGGAGUCUUAGAGGUGCAAGAGAUUCCGACCUUUUUGUUUUUGCACAUCUAUAUUGCCAAACAGCUGUAUCCCGCGGAACACCUCUGCUGCAUGCCGACCAAGAGCAAGUAUCGUUCUGCCAAUCAUGAAAUCUGAAAGCACGCAUGUUGCAGAACAAACAAGUGAAGGGGCAAGAGAGCAGCAACUGACUGCAAAGCUGCAUUAAUGUUGCAUGCUUCUAAUCUCCCUGCUCGGACGUAUGAUGUCAGCUGAGGAACCAUUUGCCACAAGUGGCGUCCGCACAAUCAAAAUGAGGGGCUGCGCUGAUGGGUGCGUUUGAAUGAGUCAUCAGGCCAUCUCGGCCCGCGCCCUGCUGUGUGUGCUGCAUGCAUGGCAUGCGCGGCGUGGUCAUCCUGUGGUGACGUUCCUCAGCUCGAAGCGAGGGGAAAAAGGUCGUUGAUGUGUUGGCAAGGGAAGGGUUGGUGCAAGCUUGGAGAACAUGCUCAAGAGCGCAUGCUGCAUCCAGAUCAAUUUUGCCAUCCACACUGUGAGGAUCCUGACGAACAUACUUCAUUGGUGAAACGAGUGAAGCAGGUUCAGCGCGAGGGGGAGGAAAGCAAGCAGCAAUGGUGGGCAUUUUGCGAGUUGGAAGGAAAAAGCAACCGGCGUGACCCGCAAAGGCACAGCUUGCAGUCUUUGAGACGCUUUUUCCAAAUACGAGAGCAAGGUGGUUUGCCAAGGAGCGUGCAGAAACUGAGGUCAGACGCAGCUGCCCAUCAACUCUGGGUGCAGAAAUUGACAGAGAUCUUGCGGGCGUCGGAAGAAGCCAAGCAAAAUUGGUGGGAUUAUUGUGACAAGUACCAUGGAGGACUUCGCUAUCCGCAGCAGCAUACAGCAAAGUCCAUCCAGACAUUCUUCGAGUGCCACGCAGCUCAUGGCGUGCCUGGAGCAGAAACAGCCCAGAAGGACCUUGCCGAUGAUGCAGCAGCGUUGGCCACAUUGUCACCGGAAGUUGCAUGCGUCACGGUGAAAGGGCAAAAAACUUAUGUGGUCCAGUUUCAGGAGCCAGUUUUCAAAGCGUUGCCAGACGUCUUGAAGUUUCACCCGUUAAGCUCUCAGUCGGCCUGUGUGGCCCAAACAGGCUUUGAACAUCCAAUAUCACCACACGGAGGUAGCGUAGGCCAAGCUCCAGAAGCUUCCUCAACUGAUCGACAGCGCUCUCGGUCGCCAAAAAACGAGCGAAGUGAAGUAAGGAGGACCGUUGUUUGUUCUAGGUUGGUGGCUGCGGGCACCCAGGUCGUUUCUUGAUGUCCGACGUUCCAUGCUGUUUGCCUAAAACAUGAUCCGAACCUUUGUGGAAUUGAACACUUUCUUGGACAUUGGGCAAUCGGCAAGGCAACAGUCAGCACCCAGUCAAGUGUUUUGUUAGAAUGCUUGAUUUGGCUUAUUUUCAAGAAGGGUGCCCUAGCAGGUUACCUCACACCCUGCAUGUUCAUCAACCGCCAAAGCAACCUUGUGUUUAGGAAAAAAUCCAC